CAGUCGAUGAAAGUCGACAUCACAAUAUUUGCACAGGAGUUUAUAUUCGUAAAAACAUUAUAGAACAACAAGACAAGCGGUUUAACACAGUGAUUGUGGUUAAUUAAAGGACACUUUCAUGUUUUUACCGAUGAUUUUGAAAAUAACAACACGGAUAUUGUACCGGUCGACGCCGAAGAUAUUUUAAAACAAGAGAUGAUCAGAAGACGAAAUAGCGCACAGUUUUUGACGCGGAACAAGUAAGAGUAUUCGAAAGGUGAAAGCUGCGUCUUGUGAGCCACGUCAUGUCGGACACUAACGAUAUCGAACAGGAUGCCGAGUUGGCAAGACUUCUAUUCCUACUCAGGAAGCUGUCGAUGGAGAACAUAUCAGGAAUUCUCAACACAUCUCUGCCAACACCGAGCAGUGUGCAGCAUGUUUCCACGGCGGAGGCGUUCAGAAUAGCGGCGCCGACGGCGAUGAUGAUCGACAGGAUUGUCACCCCAGUCUGGUAUGCCAUUGGCGUCAUCGGAAACCCUAUCACAAUGAAAAUCUGGCUAUCUAAGCGAAUGCGGGAGUCGAAUUCGUCGGCAAUAUACAUAGGAUCCAUCGCUAUCGUUCAUUUCAUUUUCAUUUGGCUUCACCUAUUGCUGGAACUACAUAUAGCAUGGGGUAUAUCCACUUACAACAAACCAACAUUGUGUGAAAUUUUUAACUUUUUGUACAUCAUACCGCAAUAUUUAGCACCACUUCUGAUUCUAGGAUUUACUACAGAAAGAUAUAUAGCUGUAUGUUUGCCCUUCAAAAAAGAACAAUUCUGCACCGUUCGCAGAGCAUGUAUAGUGGUGUUUCUUCUGACAAUAUUUUCUUUCCUUCUUGGAUCUGUGCAAAUGUACAUCUGGACAUUCAACCAGGAACGACAGUCGUGUUAUUACCGAAAAGGAGCAAAAAACUUUUAUAUCGUAUGGACUUGGGUGUCGGAAAUGCUAAUUUUUGCCGUUGUCCCGUUAGCAGUGUUAGUGUUCAAUAUUCUUGUAAUUCGCGAAAUAAAGCUUUUAACGCGGAGAGCGUCUUUUAGGAUGCACCGCGAUAGUAACAGUCGCGGAAACGCGAAUCAGACAUCAACAGUGACUCUGCUCUCUGUCUCAUUUUAUUUAAUAUGCACUUUAUUACCAGCCACGAUUGUUUAUGCAAUGCAGUCAUUGAUUAAAACAGGGGAACAUACAAUCCCUUACGAUAAAUGGUCAGAAGAUCCGCAAUGGCAGAGGUAUCUGAUAUAUUUCACCAUAAGAAAAAUAGUGGAAGAGAUAACGUUUUCGAACUAUGCCUGCUAUGUGUUCAUCUAUUACAUCACUGGAUCAUAUUUCCGGACUGAGGUACAUAAAAUUCUAUGUUUUAGACUCUGCCGAGAUAAGCGUAAAAGACCUGUACAAAGGACUUCAACGAAAACAAGUACCCAUCCUGAACAGUAUACUCUGAUAACAACAAACGGAAAACAAGACAAUGGACAAGCUGAGGCUUCGUCCGCUGCCGUAUAAUGUGUCUGUUAUAUUGUUCUUGAUAUUUCGAAUUAGUUUAUGUCGAAGUAUGCGCACCACAUUUUGUGCUAAAUAUUAGGGUUAUGUCAAGACUUGAUUAGCAUGAUAUUGAAUAUUUUGAUUUUGACAUUUGUUAUUGCUUAGUAUUAUGAAUCUGUUUAGCACGUCAAAGUUGCGGUCUUUUUCCCUUUUUUAUGUCUUAAUUUUAUGUACUGAUCUCAAGUUUCUGAUAUUUCGAAGUAUCUGUUAUAAUUGAUGUUUCUAGUUGAAGAUGUGUGCGAGAGUGUGUAUGUGUGUAUUAUUAAAAGGAAAACUAAAUUAAGAUUUAAAGCUUUGGAUGGUAGCGCCGUCUUUAACUUUACACAUUCGAAAUUGUAACGAAAAGUAUAACCUUUACAAAGUUCUUCAUUAUAAGCUUUUCAUUAUAUGCUUGUGUUGAUAUGCUGCAUAGUAUUUUUAUACGCCCUUAUUGGAAAAACGCUUUCCAAAACGGACGUAUAAUGUGAUGACAUUUCCGUCUGCCAGUUUGUCCGUCUGCCCUUCAAUCCUUUAUAGCAUAACUCAGUAGCCAUUCAAGUUAUUGACUUUAUUUGAGGCAUAUAAGUAGUUUGCGAUGAGAAAAUGUGCUGAUCACAUGAACCAUUUUGCUAGGUCAAAGGUCAAGGUCACAAAUGGAGCUCAAAUGUAAAAUUUGACCCAUAUAUUUCUUGUCCGCAGAUAACUUAAUAACUGAUGUGUUCAAGAUAUUGAAUUAAACUUUGCAUAUAUGUAGGUGGCGAUGAGGCAGUGUGUAGAACGCAUAAACCAAGUUGCUAGGUCAAGGAGUCAAGGUCGUCACAAAUGGAGAUCAAAGGUCAAAUUGGUCCUUCGUAUUUCGUGUCCGGAAUUCAAGGUAUUGACUUCAAUCUUUGCAUAUAAGUAGGUGUGAACUAGGUAUGUAGGUCAAAGGUCAGGGUCACGUUUAUCCGUCAUAUUUUGUGUUCAGAACAUAACUUGAUAACUGUUCAAGGUAUUGAUUUCAAAUUUGGAAUAUAGGUGGGUGGUGAUUUGAGGAAUGCAACAAGCCACAUUACUCACUCACCUCCCCUCCCCUUAAAAAUUAUUUAUAUAUUUUUGUGCCUUAGUAUUCUAGUGCAUGAAUCAGGUUGGUAGGUCAAAGGUCUAGGUUACAGCAAGGUCAACUUUGUCUGUCAUAUUUUGUGUCCAAAGCAUAAUUAUGAAUAAAUAUUCAAGGCAUUGGAUUCGAACUUGGCAUGUAGAUAGGUGGCAAUGACACGAUGUUCAGAGCAUGUGAACUUUGUCGUUAGGUCAAAAGUCAAGGUCACAAAUUGAGUUCAAAUCUCUCCUUUAUAUUGUGUCCAGAGCACAACUUAAAAACUAUUCAAGGCAUUGAUUUUUAUAGAUUUGAUUAGAAUAAAGGUGGGCAGUAAUGAAGUGCUUUGAGGAGUGCAGCAGUCCACAUUACUCACCACCCCACAACACACACACAUACACACCCUCCAACAAUACCCCACGCCACCGACAGAAAGAAAAUUUCAGUUUCUUUUGCUUUAGUGUUCCAUCAUUACUGCCGCACCUCUCCCCAACACACACCAAAAAAAUCUCUUUAGAUUUUACUUCAUCCUCCUCUGAUGUAGAACUUCGAGCGUAUAUUGCCCCGCUUUGUUGAACUCUUGUUCUAUUAUCAGUGGACUUCAUAGUGCGUGUGGUUGUGAUAUACCGGAACAUGCAUUGCGUUUCAAAAUGAUUUGGGUUUUUUUUUCGCUCAAAUGAGCACAGCGUGCUCAAUGUGAGUUAUUUGUAAUCACUCACCGUCUGUCGUCAGUCCGUUGUCCGUCCGUCCGUCCUUCGUAUGUCAAGACAUCGAGUGUUUCUUCGGUCUUCUUUUUUUAAACGUUAUUCAAACGACUUUCCCUGGUUCCACAUAGGAGCCGACUGAGCUAAAAAUAGAAAAAUCUUCAAACAACAUCACAUUCCAAAAACCUCUGGUUCACUUUUAAUAUAAUUUCAAAGAGAAAUAUCUUUUGCGACCUUGUUCAUAGAUGGCUGCCAGGAGACAUGGUUAUUUUUUUUCUUGUACUUUGUUGAAACCUUAAGAUAUCUUUCGAUUUUAAAAUAAUAAUCCUUCGACCACCCUCUACUUAGAUUUUUCAAAGAUUUCGGAUUUUUCUAAAACAUAGCCGCCAUAGGGCGUGGUCAAUAUUUUUUGUAUGUAAAUGAAGUGGACUUAAAAAGUACCAUGCUGGCAUAAUUCUGGAGUAAUUCACAUGAAGAAUCGUUUGAUGACUGGCUACAGAAAUUGUUCAAAUCAUUCUGAUUCGUCAAAAACAUGGCCGUCAGACAGCGUUGUCACUUCCUUCUAUAUUUAUAAAGAUGCCUUGAAAACCAUGGCGGCCAGAACUAAAAAUGGAAGCAUCUUCCAGGGACACGUCCUCCCAAACUGCUGAUCAGGUUUUAUACAAGCUCGUAAAAAUGUUUCUUAGGUAACUUUUUACCAAAAUUGUUAAUUUUUUUUUUCAAAACAACAUGGCCACCAGGUAAUGUGAUCCCUUUUCCCUAGAUGUAUAAAGUUGAAACUUUGAAAAUUUUCUUGACAGACGUUUGCCCCAUUUUGAAAUAGUUUCACAAAACCUUAUCAUCGGAUGACCCUCUAUCAAGAUUGUUCAAAAUAUUCUGAUUUAUGAAAGCGGUGUGGUCACUUUUCUCUAUAUGUAUAUAAUGGAAACGUCAAACGGUUAGGCCGAUUUUAUAAUAACUGCACAUAAAUAUUCCUUAGAUGACACUUUGCUAAGAGUGUUCAAAUUAUUCAGAUUCCUUGAAAAACAUGGCCGCCUGAUGUAGUGAUACAAAAAAUACAACACACUUCAGAAUGCAUAUCCCCUUAAAACGUUGGUCUAAGGUUAAGAUAAAUUCACAAAAAUAUUCAUUGCAUGACUCUGUUCCAAGAUUGAUCAGUCAAAAAUGACGGCAGCCAGCCCCGAUAUGCCUAUAGUGAUAAAUUAAAAACGUCUUCUUGUCAGAAACUGGUUGUCCAAUUUUGUAAUAAGUUCACAAGAAUGUUUUGGGGGUAAAUUAGCUGUUUGGGUCGCAAAUGUUAAAAAAGUAUUUUAUUUUAUAUUUCUUUUGAUGUUUGAUUUUUAUAAAACUCGGCAUGUUCUAAAAACGUAACAUUUUAUACAUAAUUUUAGGAGCCCUUUUGGCUUGGCCCUUAUAAAAUUACUCUGCCUGUCUGUCUGUCGUGUCCGGAUACCUUGUCGGAGCCAUAACUUUUUAAAGUCUCUUUAGUCCCCUACCGGUGCCGUUCAAUAGAUCAAAAUCAAUGGUUUCAAAAACGGACAUCUGUUUUGUUUUAGCUAAGCUGAAACAUGUGUUACAAUAUGUCGUUAUGUAACCUAUGUAACCUUUGUUAACCUCCUCCAAUAUUAAUGGUCAGAGUCUUAAAUAUAUUGCACGUAUGUCCUUUGCCAUGCCUUUAUUGCAAAACAUUCUUAGUUUAUUUACGGUUUGCAAGAUUAUUAGUCCCCUACCUGUUGAAAACCAGUUUCGGGGACUAUAGGAAUGCGCUUUUCCGACAUUCCGUCCGUCUGCAAUUUCGUGUCCGGUCCAUAACUCUGUCAUCCAUGAAGGGAUUUUAAUAUUCCUUGGCACAAAUGUUCCCUAUGAUGAGACGACGUGUCGUGCGCAAGACCCCUAGCUUAAAGGUCAAGGUCACAACUGGAGGUCAAAGGUCAACAGUGUUUUUUUUUCUGUCCGGUCCAUAACUUUCCCAUCCAUGAAGGGAUUUUAAUAUUACUUGGUACAAAUGUACCUCAUAAUAAGACGAUGUGUCAUGCACAACUUUCAGACCCCUAGCUCAAAGGUCAAGGUCACACUUAGGGGUCAAAUAUUAACAUGGCAUGAACAGGGUCUGUUUCGUGUCUGGUCCAUAACUCCGUCAUUCAUACAGGGAUUUUAAUAUCACUUGGCACAAAUGUUCCCCAUGAUAAGAUGGCGUGUUAUGCGCAAAACCCAGACCCCUGGCUCAAAGAUCAAGGUCGCAAUUAGGGGUCAAAUGUCAACAGUGCUUUUUUCCUCACAGGUCCAUAACUCUGCCAUCCAUGAAGGUAUUUUAAUAUUACUUGGCACAAAUGUUCCCCAUGAUAAGACAACGUGUCAUGCACAAAACUUGGACCCCUAGCUUAAAGGUCAAGGUCACAAUUGGAGGUCAAACGUCAAUAAGGCUUUUUUCCUGUCCGGUCCAGAACUCUGUCAUCCAUCAAGGGAUUACAAUAUUACUUGGCAUAAAUGUUCCCCAUGAUGAGACGACAUGUCAUGAGCAACACCCAGAACCCUAACUUAAAGGUCAAGGUCAUACUUUGAGAUCAAACGUCAAUAGGAUUUUUUUUCCUGUCCGGUCUAUAACUUUGUCAUGCAAGACAGGAUUUAAAUAUCAGUUGGCACAAAUAUUCCUGUGAAUGACAUGCCAUGCACAAAACCCGAGCCCUAGGUCUAAGGUCAGAUACAAAAAUGACUUUUUCUGGAACAUUUCUUCUUCAUGCAUGGAGGGAUUUUAAUGUAUCUGGGCAUAAAUGUUCACCACCAUGAGACGAAUUGUCCUGCGCAAAAACCAGGUCCCUAGAUCUUAGGUCAAGGUCAUACUCAGAGGUCAAAGGUUAAAUUUUAAGAAUGACUUUGUCCGGAGCAUUUCUUUUUUAUGCAUGAAGGGAUUUUGAUGUAACUUGGCACAAAGUUUCACCACCAUGAGGCACCCUUGUUUAUAGAAUUACGUCCUUUUGUUUUUACUAAAAAUAGAUUAUAUUGUUACUUUUUUAUUACUUGCCGUAGAGAAAAAUCGAGACCACUUUUCUGUGGUAUAACAUGUAUGUUACAUCGAAUUUUUAGGUGUAUUUUGACCUAUCUCUAUCUGGUAAAGAGUUUUGUGUGGACUUGUAAUAGACUUUUUUUAAGGAUUAAUUUCCCUUUGGUGUUACUAUAAAUAUCUUAUAUGAUAAGUUUUUUUCAGAUUUUUAUAUAUGCACAUUUUAAUCCAAGUGUUUUGUUAUAACAUAUUGUAUAUAUAGUACAAUUAAGAAAUAAUAAGUUCCCAAACGUGGUUAUCGUAGAAUAACCCGAGUUGAGUUCUAAUGCGUAAGAAUAUAUCAUGAAGGCCGUAGGCUUGAGUGAUAUAUAGUUUCGCAUAAGAACGAAAAACUUGGGUUAUUCUUCGAUAAAUCACACUUGGGAACUUAUUAUUUCGAUUCUAACACGACAUACUAGUAUCAACAAUGUUAGAAAAAAUGGUAACUACUUUUUACGACCGUGCUACGCACCUGGAUCGGAUGACGUCAUUGCACGCGAGUGGUUUAUUGCAGAAUAACCCGAGAUAGAUUUUGCUCUAUAUGUAUGUAGGUUAUUCGCUGGUCGUGUUAGAAUAUUGUUUAUUCAUCAUUGUCAGAUAUCAGUUCAUUAUGUUAUACUGCAGUAGAAAAAAGUUAGGUGCCUUCCAGUAGUUGACUUUGUAUUGCAUGGCAAUACUUCAUUCACUUGUUUAUUACAGCAUCGCGCGUCGCAGUGCUUAUUAAAUGUUUUCGCAUGCUUAAGGGCAUGGUCAGGAUGGUGCAAAAAGUAUUUGUGCAGUUUUUGCCCGGAUCAUUAUUCGUUUUCUUUCCAAUUUUAUUAACAUCAAGCAAUAGCAUCUAAGGCAACAUUGAAGUAUAUAUAUAUAUAUAUAAUCCAUCCUCUAAUUUUCAAUGUAAUGAAUGAAAGACGCUGUUGUCCGAACCAUACCUGGCUAUGGUAUUCCUGCAUUUACGUUUUUCAUACUAUCAACUGCAAUGGGCACUAAGAUAACAAUUUAACAUUGAAAAAAAAUGGUUUGAUAUAGUGAGAUCUUCUCAGUACGAUGCUAAAAGCUGUUUAGUUUUUUUUUAUUGUUUUCUUCGAAAGCCGCAUUCAGUGCUUGCUUUCAGUGUCCAUAUAUUCUUUGAUUUUUUAUUCUUUCCACAAAUGAAUACACAGCAGUUUUUGUGAAAACUGGAUAAAAAAUUUGUUGGCCGAUAAUCUUGAAAACGUUUGUCAAUUCAUGUAGACUCGCCGUUCUGUUAUGUCCGUUGGCAUUGGACAGCAGGUUGGUGCUAGUCUACCGGAAUUCAAAAGUUUAUAUUUGCAUUGUUACGUGGUACCACAACAGUUACUGUAGUACAAGCAAAUGCUGCCGUAAGAAACAUAUGAAAAUACAAUGUGACACUGAAAGGAGGUCAGGCACCAAAGAAAUAAAGAAAUUACAAAUUCUUCCCUUACCCUGUUUCUAUCGGUUAAAUUGAGACAUGGCCAUAAAAAGUCGCUUGUGUUACGUUUAAAACGCUACUGAAUAUUUCAAGUGCGGAAUAUUACUUUGCGCCUUGCCAUGAGAAAACCAACAUAGUGCAUUUGCGACCAGCAAACGCACUAUGUUGGUUUUCUCAUGGCAAGGCUCAUAUAACAGUAUAUUGUCUUGAUUAAACAGAAGUUAAAAGUGCAGCUUCUUCGUUUCAUAUUUUUUAUUGUGUAAAUCAUUUAUUGUUAUUUAUUGUUUCAUGCUUUAUAGAAAU